CUUUCCCUAAUAUCAUUUCCCUGCGUUACACUGACGAAGACCAGAAACUUCAUUACCACAUAAUAAGUAAAGACGACAAAUUAGUAGAGCCAGAUGGGGGUUGGUUAAAAAAGAAUCGACUGUAUCUAGCUGUCUGUGGGGUUGGACAAAGAGAUGGGAUUACCUCUCGCCACGGACUUUUCCAGUCAUAUAGGCAGGCGGCAGUUAGCAUCAUCGUCUAACGGAAAAGAAAAACGCAGCACAAAAGACGAAGAAGCACCAGUUAUGUUAAAGGUUGGACAUGGUCAGUUCAAAUUAGGGAAAUUCACCCGGAUUUCAGCAAACAGUUUAUCUCUUCAAGGAGGUAUUGUACUUGUGGGCCCUUUUAAUACAGAAGGAAACACCACGGAGGAGAUUAAAAAGGCAGCAUUUGAAAAGUUUUCCAUGCAAAACCGCCUCUUCAAGCAGAAGUUCGAGAGUCAUACCCAGUUCGUCCUGGUUUAUCCAGAUGGAAAAAAAGUGGAUAUGCUCCCGGAUGGAAAGGAGGAAUUUUCCAUCUUGAAAUACAGAAAUUUUUUAGAUCCGAAGAAAAGAUUCGACCGUCUUAGGCUGUAUAUAUGCAAUACCAAAAACUACCAGGAAAAUGAAGUGGAAGUUGUCUCCUGCAGUAGUAGUUUAUCCGAGGAACUUCCAGUCUUGAAGUCGACAUGUCCAAAAACAGAUGAGGAGAAUGAUCCACUGACAGUCGAUGUCCAUUUCCUUUUCAAAGAGAGAGUGUUCGAAGAAACAUUUCCAAACAACGCACAAAUAUCCGAACUCUCAAAUUAUGCAGCGACCCUAAUAGGAAAGUCACCUGCAUGUGUUGUUUUAAAAAUGGAAAAUGGGUUAGUGCUAGCGGAUGAUGACAGACUUAUGGGUCUGUCUUGAGUCACCCCUUUAGGAUAGAAAUGUAAGUUAUCAAUUUAAUUAGAGCUGAGCGAUUUAUUAUAGUCUCAUUUUGGUGAACUUCAAUCCCAGUCUUA